AUGUGCGUUAGUCUAAAUAACGAUGCCUGUGGGGCCUUGCGAAGAAGCCACGAUGGCCCUUGCAGCGAAGGUGAAGGUGUACUUCGUGGCAGUAAAUCGAUGCCCGUUGGCGAGCAAGAUCUAUUACAGUCUCCCGGGAUGAUUAACAUGUGUGAGUUUUUGCAAGACGAUGAAGUUGUUGACGACGAGAAAUCCGUGGUACAUGUUGCUACAACAAUUUCUGCGGAGACAAGUGUGGAAAGCGUAGAGUCCAAUCAGUCCAAAAAGGCUGAUCAGAGGUAUCGUCACAUUGCGUUAGAUAUUUUGGAAGGUACUUUCAUAGAGAUACCGUAUAAGGAAUACGCAAACUUCUUGGGGAGUGAAGGCAACCACCGAAUUUUAACUGAGUUUAUAAAAUUAUUGGAUCCCCUUCCACUAUCGUUAUUGGAGGCUCUUUCCAAUUUAUCGAAUAGUAUCUAUUUCAUCGCAGAAGCGCAAAAUAUUGACCGAACACUGGAGUGCUUGAGUAAAGAAUGGAUACAGUGUCAUCCGGAUACCCAUUGGAAAUCAAGCUAUAAGUUGUGCCACAUUGUUUUAUUUUCUUUGUUAAUAUUGAAUUCAGAUCUGCAUAACGAUUUUCAAAUCGACCAUAAAAAGACUAAAUUUUCUAUGGUUGCAUUCAUCAACAAUACCCUGAGAGCAUUGAGAGAAGAGAGCGAAUAUGAAGAAUUGGAAAUCUGUGCCGGCGAACAUCUGAUCAUCGACGAACUUUCAGAAUACUACAAGUUGCUGAAUGAGACCCCUUUACCGCUGCUUACGGAAUCCGAAACAUCAAUCGCUACAUCCGAGUACGAACCUUCUUUGAACAGAUUCUCUACUUUGGGAUCGCGAGAAUAUAGUAUAUCAAAUCUGCGUGGUAUGGCCUCUAGUUCUACAACCCUAUAUCCCAGAGAUAAUCAAAACUCUAUAAGAGAAGUGAGCGCGAAAUCCAACAGGAACUUUCAUAAUAAUAAGCCCAUGCAGACGCUAUACUGUAAGGAACCGUUUGACGAUGAUUUAGUAAGCGACAGCGGUUCUAGUUGGUUUGUUGACGGUCUGGUUUCAAUUAGCAAAAAGUCACUACCAAACAGAUUCUUUAAGAGAGACAGAGAUCAAGAAACUACACCAAAAGUGCACUCUAAAAGAUCGUUUUUUGGGUGGCUUAAACCAUCGAAAAGUAAAACGUUUAUUGACCACACAUCUCGUACAACCUCUUUAUCGUACUUAAGUAAGGAUUCCGAAUGGGAUAGAGUGAAAGUACAAAUCAGAGAAGGCAGAAUGCUUAUUUUCAAAAUAAAGCAAAAUGUGAAGGAUAUCCACCAAUCCAAUGGGACAAACAGCACUGCUAUUGACUAUUACAAAGAAAUUAGUAGUUCUUAUUUUGCUUAUUCGCUAUUUGAAGCUGAAGCACAAGUGGUGCAAGAUAAUAUAAUUAUCGGCUGUGAAGCAGUAAACAUAAACAAAAAUGCGAAAAAGAAAAAGGGAAACUUUACUGUAAUCUUCCCUGAAGACAUCAAUGGUCCUGAAACUGUCUUAGAGUUUCAAACCAAAGACAUUGCAGAAUCUCAUAAAUUCACGCAGUGUAUCAACUUCUGGGCGGGUAGGAUUUCGCCCGUGCCCAUGACACAAUUCGAACUAGUGUCCAAUGAAGAAUAUGGGUGGAGUGACAAAGUCUUUACCGAUCUUACGUGCUUUGAUUUAAAGCAAACCACUAUAAGCGAAUGGAAACCACUGCUAGGCCUGGAAUUAUUAUAUGAAGACUCAAAGGAUAUGGAGACUAAAUUGAAGGAUAGGUUGGAAGAAUUGAUGGAUUUCACCAAGCAGUUGGGAGUAUGGAUAGACAGGCACAACGAAAUCAAGGACAAGCUAGUUGAAAUUUGGAGCUUUGAUGAGAAUUGUUUUGAAGUGGUUAUGAAUAAUUGGAACUCCAAAUAUUUGUACAUGAAUACCCAAUACAAGAAGCGACUAACUUAUUUAGAAGCUUUACAGAAAGCCAUGGAGUCUGUCCCGCUAGACAUUUAA